AUGGCUGAGACAAUCGGAGGUACAGUGUUGAAUUUUGGUCUACGUUUUAUAUCACGUAAAGCCACUGAGAAACUCCAAAAUGGAGAUCUCGCUGAUCAAGAGUUUCGAGAUUAUAUUGUUCGUGAAUUGGACGACAUCAAGUCUAAAAUUAAUGCUUUUUGUCGCACGGAUCUUUAUACGAGCAUUAGUGAUCUAAAAAAAGGAGUCCAACGUCUGCGAAAAUCUUUCGAGAGUAAAACCUCAACUACGUAUGAAUUACCGAAAGAUGGAAAGCAAUCACAAGAUACAACGAAUGCUGGGGCAAGUUCAAGCCAGACGACACCAGCUCAACAGUCCGUGACUGUAGAAGACGCCGUUGCACUUGCCAAUGCCAUUGGGGAAUUAAAGAUCGAAUCGAAGGAGCGGUUUGAAGCGGCUAAAGAAUCUUUCAAGGAAGCAGGAAAAGCAGCAACACGAGCAUUUCACAACACAGCACUCAGCACAACCGAAAGAAUCCUUGCAACGCAAGUACGCAUCGCAAGCGGGAUACUGGAAAACCUAGAUGAUCCAGAUUUGGCUGCCAGUGACUGUUUGCACUAUCUUGAAGAAUUGCAUGAUAUGCCAGCCAUCAAGGAAAUAUUUUCGGUCUAUCUUGAAGGAGGAAUAAAAGCUGUUUUCAAGAGAGAGUCGCGAGUGGAAAUCGUGGAGACCGUAAAGAUGAUCAACUCCAUCUUGGCUGAUUUUAUCUCGAAGUUUAAAAACCAAAAAAUGGCUAUUCUUGAUUGGCCAAUGAUAGAAUGUGGUGAACGAGUUGUCCUUCCAAUUCAUUACGAGAAAGAGGACGUACAAAAAAUGAGAGAAAUGAAAAUAACACCACCCUGGGACAUUACAAAAUAUAAAAAAUCGAUGGGAGAUAUAAUGGACUUUGCUAUAAACAGCAAAGGAGAUGUAAUAGGUGUUUUCAGCGAUGAUGAUCAUCCUCGAAAGCUCGACAAAGCAACAGGCGAGUGGCAGCCGUUCUGUCUUUCUCCUUCGAAUGAUAAAAUGUGGCCUGAUAAAUCUGUAGCUAUCGAUGACAAUGAUACAGUGUACGUUGUGUCGUUUAAAGCCGGUUCAUUCGAAACGUUAUUAGUUUACAGCUCAGAGGGAAAAAUUACUCAUUACUGCACUUUCGACUUCAUUAAAACAGCAGAGCCCCUUGGCAUUACUGUGAACGAAGACAGAGAGAUUAUUAUUUAUGGUAAAUAUACACAUUACUUCAUGGGAACACUUACUUUUCAGGAAAACACUGUGUAUGUAUGUGACAGCACUGGAAAACUAAUCAAAAGUAUUCCCACUCGUAAGUCUGUAGGUUCCGUGUUGCGUGCGUUUGUUCCUGGCGAAAAAUCAGCGGAUAAAGAAAUAAUAGUCGCAACUUGCGAGAAUCGUUACGACAUUCUGUUUCGAGUGUAUACACAAGCAGGAGAGUUAAAAAAGACGAUUAAUUGCAUUCCACAACUGGCAAGUCCCUCUACCGUUGAG